UAUUUAAAAAAAAAAAAAAAAUUUGCCCAAAAAAAAAAAAGAAUAUAUUAAAAUGUUGUAGCUAACCAUUAGUGCGUCAUCAGUUUAGAACCAAAACCAAGACUUGAAAAAUCUUUAGAUCUCAAGAAAGCAGUCAUCUAUGGCGGCCGUACUUAUCAGAUCCAUCGCUAGAAAUUUUAACCGGCCAGCCACCACAGCCUCAGCCGCUUACUCAACAAGUGGUGGCCGCGGUUGUACUUGUAUGAGCAAAAAGCUAGAAGGCAAAGUAGCGCUCAUAACCGGUGGAGCAAGCGGUCUUGGUAAAGCCACGGCCGGCGAGUUUCUCCGGCACGGUGCCCGAGUCGUGAUCGCCGACUUAGAUGUCGAAACAGGGGUUAAGGCCGCUAAGGAGCUAGGCUCGGCGGCAGAGUUUGUGCGGUGUGAUGUCACGGUGGAGGCUGAUAUCGCCGAGGCCGUGGAAAUGACUGUGGAACGGUACGGGAAGCUAGACGUGAUGUACAACAACGCUGGGAUUGCUGGACCCAUGACUCCAGCGAGCAUAUCGGAGCUUGAUAUGAUGGAGUUCGAGAGAGUGAUGAGGACUAACGUCUUUGGAGUUGUCUACGGCAUCAAACACGCUGCUAAGUUUAUGGUACGGGCUAAGUCAGGAUGCAUUUUGUGCACAUCAAGCAUUGCAGGCGUGACCGGAGGAUUGGCUCCGCAUUCAUACACAAUCUCAAAGUUCACAAUCCCCGGAAUCGUGAAGUCGGUGGCUAGCGAGCUCUGCGAACACGGUGUGCGCAUCAACUGCAUUUCGCCGGGUACCGUGGCUACACCGCUCACUCUCCUUUAUCUUAAGAAAGUGUUCCCCAAGGUGACGGAGGAGAAGCUACGUGAGACAGUGAAAGGAAUGGGUGAGUUGAAAGGAGCCGAGUGUGAAGAAGCUGACGUAGCUAAAGCUGCUUUGUAUUUGGCUUCCGAAGAUGGUAAAUACGUUACCGGACAUAACUUGGUCGUUGACGGUGGCAUGACUGCUUUCAAGAUCGCUGGUUUCCCUUUUCCUUCGGAGUCAUGAUUAAUCAUUUCUUGUAUUCAAGAUUUUGUAAGAGCAAUAUUUUCAACACUACGGAAAACAAUUGAAAUACAAGAAAAAAAAAACCAUAAACGUUAAGGAA